CAUCAUCAAAGGUCCUUUAGCCCACAGAAUGUAGUAUCUAUCAUGGCUCAGGCAGGACAACAGAACCUCGCGCACCCAGAGGAUCAUCGUCCGCGACCCCGAAAUGCAACCCGUGAGGAAGCCCUGCAGCUGGAGGGUUAUAGGCAUGCCUGCCACGUCAUGUUCUACGCCUCCACUACUGCCAAGCUUUUCGACCGUGUCCCUAUCAGAUAUGUUGUCCUGAUGAUGAUGCGUUUUGAUGGACGUCUUGGUUUCCCGGGUGGUUUCGUGGAUGCUCGAGACUCUACCUUGGAAGAAGGCCUGAACCGUGAGCUUCUGGAGGAACUGGGCCCCGCUUUCAACACUUUGAAAGUGACAGAGAAAGAUUAUAGAAGUUCGCAGGUCCGCGAGCUCCCACAGAAAGGGGUCACACACUUCUACACGAAGGAACUGACUCUGGAGGAGCUAGAGGCCAUCGAGAGAGAAGGAAUGUUUGCAAAAGAUCAUGGGCUUGAGGUGAUGGGUUUAAUCCGUGUUCCCCUGUACACUUUACGGGAUGGAUUUGGAGGUCUUCCAGCCUUUCUGUCCAACAACUUUAUUGGAAACUCAAAGAGCCAGCUUCUCUAUGGCCUGCGCACCUUGCGGCUGCUCCGAGAGGACCAGAUUCAGGAUGCCAUGUGGGCCAGUCAGAAUACCUAAUUUCCUACUGAAUAUCUUCAGCAUAUGGCCUCUGUACAUCAUUAGGCAGAUUAUGAGUUGCCCAAUCAUUCUUAAAAAUUAUGGUUUAUUUCAGUAGUGAUUGUACUUCUAGCAUCAAAGGGGUUAAAAUCAGUCACCCCCCCCCUCCCUUUUUAUUUUUUUUUAAUCAUCCAGAGGUGCGCCAUUCUUGUCCAUGUUCUGCACCUGGUAUCGCAGCUCUGGCCAACUGUAAUGUAACAUAAAUUCAAAAGAUUUGAGAAUGAAUAAGCUUACGCAGGCUAAGUGAAUAAAUAUAUUUGUUACACCCACUUAGGAUGCGUUCAUUUCGUUUGCAGUGUACAUUGGAGGUAUAUGUCAGGGGGAUGUAUGCCAGUGUACAGGGAUACUGUGGCAUACAUCACCUGUAGGCUCCUUUAUUAAAGGGGUUGGUCCAUCUCAGACAUUGAUGGCAUAUCGCUAGGAUAUGCCUGCAAUGUCAGAUAGGUGUGGGUCUCACUUUUGGAACCCGCUCCUAUCUCCAGAGCUGGGCCCCAGAAGUGAAGAAAUGCAGGCCAUACAUGCACUGUGUGCUCUCCUUUCAUCGCUAUUGGAGUUCCAUGCUUGAGGGAGUGUGCUCCACUGUUUUUCGAAAUCUCAUAGUGGUGAAUGGAGAGUGCACUGCACAAGCACCACUGCUACUCCAUUUACUGCCAUGGUACUGCCGGAUAUAGUCAAGCUGCUGCUCUCCGUUCAUUUUGGGGGUCUCGUUCCAGUCCAGUGGGACCCACACCAAUAUGACAUUGAUGGCAUAGCCAAGUGAUAUGCCAUCAAUGUCUGAGAUGGGCCAAGCGCUUAAAAAAAAAAGUUUACUUUGCGUUAUACAUUUUUUACUAAAUGCCUCUAUAUAGAAUAUAGCAUCGUCGACUAUGGUAUUUAAUACAGAAAAAAGGUUUAAAGAUGUAGACCGGCCCAACUGAGGCAAAAAGAGAUCUCUUGGCCUCCGUCAUCUGCCUGUGGCGAAGCACAUGGCAAAUGUACACUGCAGUGUGAAUGUACACUCCCCGUUAAAUAGAACUCAGCUGUAAUACCAGACACAACCUUUUUGCAAGAGUGGCGCUGUUUCUGAAAACAAAAAUUUAAAAACGAGCCCCUUUUUCUAGACUUGUACAGCAAUUAUGCAUUUUGCAAUUUAAUUGAUGCAGAUAUUAUUUGUUGUAUCCAUGCAUAGGUUUAUUUCUUAUGAUUUUGGCUUUAUAAAAGUGACAAAGGUUGAGCUUGGUCAGUUGAAUGCACCCAAAGGCCUCAUUCAGAGGGCCAUAUUGUGGGUGCAUUUUGUCCUGGCCCACCUGUGGGUCCCAAACUAACAGCCUCAUAGGGAUCUAGGACGUUAGGAUCAUCAGACCCACUGCAAUUGCGGACAAGAAUAGGCAUUUUCUAUAUAGCGUCGGCCCUGAGCGUUCAGCAAAAUGCGGAACGCACCUGGCCGGUAUCCGUGUUUUGCGUAUCCGCAAAACACGGCAUGGUCUUCUGAAUGAAGCCAAAGUGUGAGAAUGAGGCGGUAGGUUAACCCUUUGCAGGUACUCUCUUAUUAGCUUGUAUUGGAAAUGACUACAUAAUGUUGUGUUUGGAGUAAAUCCCUCCACGUGUGGUUGAUAUCGGAUGACGCCUUCCCGGAGUUUACAUUUCUGUAAAAAAUUAUUAUUUUCAAUUAAAGUUUGUUUGCGGUUUGUAUUGCA